AUGGCUGCAACGAAAAUUAUUGAUGCCCCUCGCAAUGGCCAUGAGAUGGCGCCACUAAAUACACGAGCACGGGGCGAUGGAACUCAUGGAGUCACAAUUGUUCUCACCGCUUCCCAGCGCAACUCGGUGAGCUCGGUAGAAAUACCGGGCGGAGAGCCCGAUCGCGCGGCAUGGUCCGGAAAAAUGCAGUUCUUCCUCAGUAUUAUUGGUUAUUCUGUAGGGCUAGGAAAUAUAUGGCGAUUUCCGUAUUUAUGUCAACAGAAUGGUGGUGGUGCUUUCCUGAUACCCUUCAUGGUGAUGUUAAUUUUAGAAGGAGUGCCUUUAUUUCUGAUUGAACUGGGCAUUGGUCAGCGAAUGCGGCUGGGUGCACUUGGUGUGUGGAACACAAUACACCCUUGGCUAGGUGGUAUUGGUAUAUCGUCAUGUAUUGUUACAUUGUUUGUCGCCUUGUAUUAUAACGUGAUUAUAACGUGGGUGUUCUUUUACCUGUUUAACAGUUUCCGAUAUCCUUUGCCGUGGGCUUCCUGCCCCACUAACGGCACCGUUGAAGUGGAGGAAUGCGCACGUUCUUCAGAAACUGCCUACUUUUGGUAUCGAACUACAUUGGAUGCUGCUCCUUCUAUGGAUGAACCAGGUGGUCUUAAGUGGUGGAUUGUGCUGUGUUUGUUCCUUUCUUGGACAAUCGUAUUCUUUAUUGUUAUGAAAGGCAUUCAAAGUUCCGGUAGGGUGGUAUACUUCACAUCGCUUUUCCCCUACAUUGUAUUGACAAUUUUUUUCAUUCGCGGAAUCACGCUGAGAGGUGCUAGUGCUGGACUAAUGCAUAUGUAUACACCAAAAGUUGAGAAACUCGCCGAUCCGACUGUGUGGCUAGACGCUGCCACACAAGUUUUCUACUCAUUUGGUUUGGCUUUUGGAUCCCUAAUAGCAUUUGGAAGUUAUAAUACGCCCAAAAAUAACUGCGUUCGUGAUGUCCUUUUGGUGUCAGUUUGCAAUGCAAUCACCGCUAUAUAUGCCAGCGUCGUGAUCUUCGCCAUUCUGGGCUUCAAGGCCACGGUCAACGUAGACCGCUGCAUUGAACUCAAUAAAGAUAUCUUGGUCAAACAUACUCUUAUUCCUUUCAAAAACGUAACUAACGAUGAAUAUGAAGCUGCUAUGUCGAAAGUAAACGAAACUAUGUCUAUUAACCUAGAACUUGAAGAAUGCAGCCUCUCAAAACAACUUGAUAAUGCUGCGGAAGGUACUGGCCUUGCCUUCAUUGUAAUCACACAGGCGAUUGUUGAGUUACCUGGUGCACCAUUUUGGGCGGUUCUAUUUUUUACCAUGUUGCUCUCACUUGGCUUGGGCUCUCAAAUUGGCAUACUGGAAGGGAUGCUGUGUACCCUUUUUGACAUUGAUAUUAUAAAACGGGUUAAGAAACAGCAUGUGACUGGAGUGGUGUGCCUCUUCUGUUUCACUAUAGGUUUCAUAUUCUGUACAGGUGCUGGCGAAUAUUGGCUCAAGAUGUUCGACUCAUUUGCGGGAACCAUCGGUUUGGUUGUGGUCGCGUUGAUGGAGACUAUUGCUGUUGUAUACGUUUAUGGGCACGAAAGAUUUACCGAGGACAUAUAUCAGAUGACUGGAUACCGACCCGGCCUCUACUGGCAGUUGACCUGGCGUUAUAUUGGACCAGUGAUUAUGGUGGCCAUUUUAGUUUCAUCUGUGGUCUUUAUGGUGAUCAAGAACCCCACUUACGGAGCUUGGAAUGCACAACUUGGAGCAGUGCAACAAGCUAACUAUCCGUCUUGGGUGAUGGUUAUAGCUUUAGCUAUGAUUCUUGCUGGGGUAUUGCCAAUGCCCAUCGUUUUCUUGAUGCGAAGCUUCCAAUGCUUGAAAGUGGAUCUAGAUAUACACCAGGGCUCAAUCAGACGAAAUGAAACCACGGCAUCAACAAAAGAAAUGAUCGACAAUGAUGAUGAUGAGGUCAUGAGUCCGGAUAUGCCACCUCAGAACUCAUUAGCAGCGACACGGUUUACUAUCGGCGAAUUUGAGAAUUGAAUUCAACUAGAACGAUAAACAAAUCAGCCGAAAAGUUUAGUUAAAUACAAUUACAAAACAAUACGAAAUUAAUUAAAAAACGCAACAGUUACCUCCAAGUAAACCAUAUUAGCGAGCGUUUUAUUAAUCAAAGUUAAUAAUUAAAAUACUAUUUUAUAUCUCUAUAAAAGAGAAAAAUCCCGUUUUGAAGUAGGAGUAUGUAAAAACUGGAGAUGUUUCACUAAUUUUAAAGACAUUGAAUUGUUAUCAUGCGGAUCGAAAUCGUCAUAACUAAUUCAAUACACGACUGCUCAUUAAAUCAUCAAAAAGCAAUCAACGCUAACAAACUAACGCUAACUAAACAUCGCUAUCGUUGUUAAGGCCUUUUGACUACGGGACGAAAUCGUAAUUCAUAUAGCCGAUACGAACUGUUCGUUUUCACUUUGAUUUAUAAGCAAAUUUAAAAUUUGAUUU